GUGCAACAAGUCCUUCAACGGCACCAUGCCCACCAUGCCUGCCAUACCACUGUCCCUGGGGUUAGCUGCGCUGGCCGUCUUGGCCGCCGCAAUGGCCUUCGCCGUCCCGAAUGUGUGGCGGGACCGCGAUGAGACAAAGCUCUACGCGAGGACUGUGACGUCAAGCAGCAGUGCACAACUGCCCAAAGAUGCCGCAGAGGCGCUAGCUCAUGGUACAGCAAGGGCUGAGGAGGCGAUUGACAUGGCCGUUGCCAAGUCCCUCCAUCGUUCUGGCAGAUUCUAUGGGCUCACGUUGCUGAAGGACGCUGUGAGCCCCAAGAUGGUGCAGCUGAUGCGAGCAGACAGUUUGAAGCUUCACAGCCAGGGCAGGCUGACCCCGUCAGGUGAUCCGGAUGAGCCGCAAUUGUCAGAGCAAUACAAGAAAUAUCUUGGGAGCCUACCUGUGCUGACCAUUCUGAGCCCACAGCAAGCAGCGGAUGAUGGCUUGCUGGGGUUGGCAUACGGAGGCGCUUUCCUGAGCGGCCUUUGCGCACAACUCAGCGAGCUUGCUGGCAAGCGAUUGGUUCCUGGGACACUGCAGCUGGCGUUAUAUGACGGAGAAGGUGUUGCCUACCAAAUCCACGAGGACUAUGUCCCGAAGGCUGACUAUGACCCAGAAAACUUACCGGAGCACCACCGGGAGUCAUACAAGCGAAGAGUCACAGCCAUACUGUACUUGCAGGAUGACUGGUCAGAGGAGCUCGGCGGUGCUUUCCGAGCACAUGCAGUUCGGCCAAAGACAGACACGCCGAAACCAGAGGAUGUCAUAGAAGUGAUGCCAGAGGGAGGAUCCCUGAUCCUUUUCCGCUCUGAUAUGCCGCAUGAAGUUCUCCCAACCUAUGGCCAGCGGUUUGCGCUGUCUAUGUGGUGUCAUGCUGCAUAAAAAGUGCGCGCAAAGGUUGAGACUAUCAAAAAGGCACAGAAUCACACCUUAGACUAGAGGCACCUGUGGCAGAUGCAAAGGCUCGAGUCGAGCACAUGACAG